AGUGUGUUUGGUGUAGUUUGUUGUAUUGCUUUGUUUAUGCAUUCUUCUGCACGAGAGAAAAGUUAAUUAUUAGUGAAAACUUUGAAAGAAUUUAGGAUCAUACUCUUACCGUGUGUGCUGUUCUUUUAAUUCUACGUAUAUAAUUUUCUGUUUUCUGUUUGUGGACAGUAGGUUUUUUUUCUGAUAUACAGGCUUUAAAGAUGGCAGAAGCUGUGCCAGAAGAAGAAUUGACCAUUCCGAGAGCUGCUAUGAACAAAAUGAUUAAAGAGAUUGUUCCCAGUGUCCGAGUUGCCAAUGAAGCUAGAGAAUUGAUUCUUAACUGUUGUUCUGAGUUCAUACACCUUUUGGCUUCAGAGGCUAAUGAAAUUUGUACUCAGCAACAGAAAAAGACUAUUAAUGCAGAGCAUAUACUUGGAGCAUUAGAUAGGCUUGGAUUCAAUGACUACCGUACUGAUGCUGAAGCAGUGUUGAAAGAUUGUAAAGCUGUUGCUGCCAAAAGGAGGCGCCAAAGUACAAGGUUGGAAAACUUGGGAAUUCCAGAAGAAGAGCUAUUGAGACAACAGCAGGAAUUAUUUGCCAAAGCCAGAGAAGAACAAGCUGCUGCUGAGCAGCAACAGUGGCUACAACUUCAAGCAGAGGCUCAAAUGUCCUUGCAGCAACAACAGGGAGAUGUUCCAUCAAAUUCAGAAGAUGGAGAAUACUCUUAGAAGAUUGUUUGUGAAAUUUGAUUCAAUACAUACAAAAUUUGAUUUCUAGAA